AUGGUUCAGUUCUUUGUCGAUUUCAUGGCCUCGGACAGCUCUGCCUGUCUUGAUGAGGCUGGAAAUCAGGAGGACGAAAUUGAUCAUUCUGACUUUGAAGAAGACCAUGUUUCGGAUAACGAAGUAGUAUACGAACGUUCCUGUAAUGAAGAAGGCGACCAUCCGGAUAGUGAAGAAGCCAGGAAUUUGGAUAUAAGUCGAAAGUUCGAGGAAGUAGUUAAGAAAAAUGAAAAUACUUUCUUGAGGUUUGAGAAAGAGAGAUUAGAAAAGGAUCAGCUGAUCAACGAAUUACUGACGAAGGUAGAGGGCCUGACCGUAGCAGGACUGCAGAUGGAAGAAUACAUCAGAGACCUCGAACGACUGAACAAAGAAAAGGAAAGAAACAUCUAUUCAAUGUCCGAAGAGAUGCAGAAGCUGAAAAGCAAAAUGACUGAAAAGGCGAGGGAUACAGAAGUCCAAAUAAAAGAAAACGAGGAAAGAGACCAAAUGUUAAUUAUUUUGGAAAACACGGUCGCAGUUCUCGAGAUGGAGAAGGGCACUCUGCAUCGAGAUCUACAGCAAAAUGAUAAAGACCGAAAAGAAAUGCAAAUAAAAAUGGACAAGCUGAAUCAGGACCUGGAAGGACUUCGAAAAGAGAAUUUAAGGAAAGAGAAGAACAUAGAAAAGCUGAAGAAGGAGAACGAGAACAAGACCAUGGAGAUCAGAGGUUUAGAGGACGAGUUACAAGUCCUCACCAUUCAGAAGAAGAUGGCCCAGGAAAAAUUGAAAGACCUCAACAAAUGUAAAAGAGAAUUAGCUGAGAAAAACGAGGAACUGGAAAAGAUGAGAGAACAGACCUUGCAGAAGGACAGAGAGAUCAUCCGACUGGAAAAUGAGUGCACCCAGAAACAGUUGGAAGUCAGAGGUUUGCAGCAAGAACCUAAAACUGUUGUAGCAGAACAACCGACGGGAAAUGGAAAGAUGAAUGACCUGAUUAGGAGGAAAGCUCAACUUGAAUUCGAACUUGAAGAGACGAAGGAGCAACUAGAGACCAGGGAAUUUGAAGAGCUGGAAGUAUUAUUGGCACAUGAUACGAAGAUUACCUCCUUGGAAACGGAAGUCAAAAUUCUUAAUGAACAUAAGAAUUAUAAAGAAAAGGAAGUUUGCAGAAGAGAGGAGACCAAGAGGAAAGCUGAAGACAAAAAGGCUUCGGAUAAAACUCGAUGUCUGAGGAAGCCCCAGAUCAACUGCAAAGCCCUCUACCUACGAAUGGACAGCAUCGAGGAGGAACUCUGCCAAAUCAAAGGAUUGCAACGAUCUUUAGCUGGCACAAAGAGGCACUCAAAGGCCCUGACUAGAACUCCAUCUAUUGGGAAGCCUCUAAACAGAGAUGAAUUGCACCAAAAAAUGGGGCUGAUAUCUGCAGCCAACCUCCAGCGCCUGGAACGAGAAGCUAAAAUGGUCCGAGAGCUCUACAAGAUAAACGCCGUCACAUAA